UGCUGCUCGCUUCCCAUUCUUCCUAUGCAGACAGACACACAACAUGGCGGACUAGAAUAGUCGGCCGACGCGCCCGGAUACAGCGGAUAAACCGUGGGAUUUAACACCCAGGAAGGCCAAGAAAGUACACUCGGACGGGACGAUAAGUUAGGACGAAUCGAGGAUUUUAAGCGGGGGUGCCGUCCUCGCCUGGAUUUAGCAGCUAAACUGACUGUGAAGUGUUGGCUGUGUGUCCCAGAUCGUGCUUCCCUCCUCUGCUAUCACCCAGGUCCCCCCACCCCGCUCACACUCUCGGUUCCUGGGGUGUGGAGACAGGGGCCGGGGUUGAAAAACGUGGAAGAGAAGGAGAGGAUAAAUUCCUGCUUGGCUCUGGUUUCUCUCCCCCCCACCCCACCUCAGGUUUCCUCUGGGCGCUACAGGAGUUGUGGACCACGCUGUGCGAAUGAGUGAUUGAUGCCAACUUCGCUUCUUCAGGGCAGAAUGGGUGUGUGUCCCCUGCUCCUGCUGCUCGGUGUAGCCCUCGGGGCCUCAGCCCAGGAUCAUGUCCCCAUCACAAGUCCUCCGAAUAUCACUGCCAAACCCACAGACCCCCCUACUGCACCCUUCCUCAACUUUACAGUUGCACGCACACAAGCCCCCAUGGGCCCACGCACAACGCUCGCCCCCGCAGUAGUCAUCCCAGUAACGACAAUAACAACAACAACAACCACAAGCCCAGCUGGUGAGGAGGACGUACAAGGGGCUGGUCCCAAUGGCUCCAGGCGUUUGUCACCAGUCCCUGCUCCCACAUCUCCAGCUCCAAGUGAUGCCUCUCUGGCACCACGGAGCACUCAGCCUCCCCCUCCUCCCACCCUGGCGGGGGGAGACAACGAGACCACAGCCAUUCCUCCAGACACCCCGACUCCAGAUUACACUGAUGAGGAUUUAUUCAGUGUGGAGCCAGAGACCACCACAGAACCUGGGAUGGGCUUCACCUCAGACACGAGCCCACAUGACACCACCCAUUCCGAUGACAUGGCGAUUAUUGCGGUCAUGGUGGCCCUGUCGUCUCUGCUGGUCAUCAUCUUCAUCAUCAUCAUCCUCUACAUGCUCAGGUUUAAGAAGUACAAGCAGGCAGGAAGCCAUUCAAACUCCUUCAGACUGACUAAUGGCAGAUCAGAUGAUACAGAACUCCAGAGCGUCCCGCUAUUGGCCCGUUCGCCCAGCACAAACAGGAAGUACCCGCCCCUCCCUGUCGACAAACUUGAGGAAGAAAUGAACCGUCGCAUGGCUGAUGACAAUAAGCUCUUCAGGGAGGAGUUUAAUGCGCUGCCAGUGUGUCCCAUCCAGGCAUCGUGCGACGCUGCUUCCAAGGAAGAGAAUAAAGAAAAGAACAGAUAUGUCAACAUCCUGCCAUAUGAUCACUCCAGGGUGCAUCUCUCAUCUCUAGAAGGAGUCCCAGACUCUGACUUCAUCAACGCCUCCUUUAUAAAUGGUUAUCAAGAGAAGAAUAAGUUUAUUGCAGCUCAAGGGCCCAAGGAGGAAACUGUAAAUGACUUCUGGCGGAUGAUCUGGGAGCAGAACACAGCCACCAUUGUCAUGGUGACCAAUCUGAAGGAGAGAAAAGAGUGUAAGUGUGCCCAGUACUGGCCGGACCAGGGCUGUUGGACAUACGGGAACAUCCGAGUGUCUGUAGAAGACACCAUGGUUCUGGUGGACUACACCAUCCGCAAGUUCUGCAUCCAACAGGUGGGAGAUGUGUCUGGGAAGAAGCCUCAGAGGCUCGUCACCCAGUUCCACUUCACCAGCUGGCCAGACUUCGGGGUGCCCUUCACCCCUAUUGGCAUGCUCAAGUUCCUCAAGAAAGUCAAGAAUUGUAACCCCCAUUAUGCCGGGGCCAUUGUGGUCCACUGUAGUGCGGGCGUGGGGAGGACAGGUACCUUCAUUGUGAUCGAUGCCAUGUUGGACAUGAUGAUCGCUGAGAGGAAGGUGGACGUGUUUGGCUUCGUCACCAGGAUCAGAGCCCAGCGCUGUCAGAUGGUCCAGACUGAUAUGCAGUACGUGUUCAUCUUCCAGGCGUUGUUAGAGCACUACUUGUACGGAGACACAGAGCUGGAGGUGACCUCUCUGGAGUCCCACCUGGCCAAACUCUACGCCCCCUCACCUGGAGCUGGCUGCAGUGGUCUGGAGGCUGAAUUCAAGAAACUGACAUCCAUCAAGAUUCAGAAUGACAAGAUGAGAACAGGCAACCUGCCGGCCAACAUGAAGAAGAACAGAGUCCUGCAGAUCAUUCCAUAUGAGUUCAACAGAGUGAUCAUUCCAGUCAAACGAGGAGAGGAGAACACCGACUACGUCAAUGCCUCUUUCAUUGAUGGCUACCGUCAGAAGGACUCUUACAUGGCGAGCCAGGGCCCCCUGCAGCACACCAUAGAGGACUUCUGGAGGAUGAUCUGGGAGUGGAGAAGCUGCUCCAUAGUCAUGCUCACUGAGCUGGAGGAGAGAGGGCAGGAAAAGUGUGCUCAGUAUUGGCCCAGCGAUGGAGUAGUGGUCUAUGGGGACAUCUCCAUCGAGAUUAAAAGGGAGGAGGAGAGUGAGAGCUACACGGUUCGUGACCUCCUGGUCACCAACAACAGGGAGAACAAGGCCCGAGCAGUACGUCAGUUCCAUUUUCAUGGCUGGCCAGAGGUGGGCAUCCCCACUGACGGGAAAGGCAUGAUCAACAUAAUUGCUGCGGUGCAGAAACAACAGCAGCAGUCUGGCAACCACCCCAUUACUGUGCACUGCAGUGCUGGUGCUGGCCGGACGGGGACUUUCUGUGCGUUGAGUACAGUCCUGGAGAGGGUGAAGGCAGAGGGCAUCCUGGAUGUCUUCCAGACAGUCAAGAGCCUCAGACUGCAGAGACCACACAUGGUGCAGACACUGGAGCAGUACGAGUUCUGCUACAAAGUGGUCCAGGAGUAUAUCGAUGCCUUUUCUGACUACGCCAACUUCAAGUAGGGACUUGCCAUGGAUGGAUGAAUGGAUGGAUGUCCGCAUACACUUCAUACGAGCAUAUGCACGCACCAGAACACACACACACAUACAUUACCAUGCAGAAAAGCUGCAUAUUCCCAUCUGAUGGAUUUUUUUAAAAAGCAAAGACUGAUCACAACUUGAUCUGCGGAUGGGAUAAACUGCCCGCAGGAAAAGGGAACAGAGGCCUCGGCCCGGAGGACAGGGCAGCGCAGUUGGACAGAGAAAAUAACUGAGAUGCCUUCUUGAAUAUUUUGUAAUAUUGGUCUUGUUAAUACAGCCCUUCACCCCUAUUUGCUUCCCAUCUCUCCCCCAUAUGUAUAUAUACUUACUGUGUUGCAUCUUAUUACUUUGGUUUCAGACACAGUUUUGAGUUUGGCUGCAUUUUCGGGUGGCACCUGUAAUGUAUUUUAUUGGUAUAUAUAUAAAUAUAUAAAUAUAUAUGAAUAUAAAUCUAAUGCUUUGGAGGCUAAUGUAAAAAAAAAAAAUCCAGAGUCAAAGUAAUGAUGUUUGGAUUUUAAUUUUUUUUUUUUUUUUUUUUUUUUUUACUUUUUAGGGGACAGAGACUUAAAACAUUUUUGGCUUGGCCAGAGCCGUGCUGUAGCAACAUGUGUUGUAGCAGAACGCUGAACAUUUUUCACUAGACGUUCACACAGUACACACACACACACACACACACACACACACACACACAUACACACAUACACGGACUAGACAGCAGAGCCAUUUAUCUUCACACAGAUUCAGUUCAAUCUAUCGAGCCACUUAACAAUUUCUCCUGUUUAAGUUUCAGGGGUUCAAAGGUCACUCAUGAUUGGAGAUCAGAAUCUCUGUGAUGUAGCUCAUCAACUCAGGUUGACAAACACACACACACACACACACACACACACACACAUUAAAUACCAGGAGCCAUUCAUUCAUUUUUUUGAGUACGUGUGUGUGUUUGUUUGAACUGGAGCUUAAGCUGGCAGAGAAGACACAAGUGUGUUUUCACACCACUGUCUUCUAUCUGCCGAGUGCCAAAGUCCUUCACACACUUGGUUAUGCAGCUCUGGAGUCAGAGACCAUGUUUAGACACUCAGUACAAGAAAGCUAUUUUACUGUAACCAACACACUGCUUGACUAUAACAGGAAAUCGGUAACGUAGAAACAAACACACUUUUUUUUUUUUACAGCAUAAACAAAUUAAAGGAGAGUCGGUCGAGCUUAUAUGUUGAAAUUCUAAAGUUAUUUUUUUAUUUUAUUUUAAGGUCUGUUACAGUAUCUGCAGCAAUGUUGAUCAUGUUGGCAAGCCAAAUCACACACACAAUCACGAGUAACUCCAUUAUUGCAUUGUAGAAAUCAACAAAUGUUAUAUACCCAGCAUAUUUCUUUUUCUUGUUUACAGACGCACGUCAGUAUUUCUUGUUGAUUGUAUUCAGCAUUUUUCCCCUCUGGGUUUCCUUUGAGUCUGCCCGAAUUAACCCUCAUUUCUUAUUCCUUCUAUACACUAGCCUCACAUCAUACGCUGUACCGUCACACCUUUACCGAAUGAUUCCCCUGAUGCCGAAGAAUGUCUCUUUUAAUUCGAAUGCUGUUGCUAACAUAUUCCUCAAAAAUGGAUACGUUGUUACUUAAAUAGCGGAGGUGUGCCAUGCCAUGUUUGCUCAGAUUGUUUUUUAAUGGCUGUCCUGUGAGGACACAAAGACUUGAAUUACAGUGGGGGUUUUUUUAUUAUUAUUUUCAGACGGGGUUACAACUGAGGCUAUGUCCUCAGUUGUUAUAAAUGAUGUCAGUUUGCCGCAGGGCUUCAGGUCAGUCGUAGUGUCAACUCGGUCAGCUCAGGAAAUGACUGACGCCAGGAUUGUUUGAAUUCACAAAUUGAACAAAUUCAGCUUUCAGAGGUGACUCACAUUCAAAUGGUUUCGUCUCCCACCACAGGAGUAUUUAGAUAUCAAGCCUUGCCCAGAUUUUAACAGAUUUUAAUGCCAUGAUAUUAAAAAUUAUAUUUCUUUUUAAAGAAUUUUCAAUCUAUUUUAAUUUUGUUUAACGUAGAUUUUAACUGAGAGCAGCCCCAUUAUUGUACAUAACUCGCAUCACACACUAAUAGUCUAAAUCAAACUAACAAUCCCAUAUUUUAUUACUUGUCUUAACAGAAGGAGCACAAUCAAUCCUAAUUUAUUGAUAGCGGAGUUAAAAGUACAUGCUGAAUUUUUAGGAAGGGUGAUUGCGUCAAUGUUGAUUGUUUGAACACUCAUGCACUAUUUGCACCAAAAGCGAAGCCCUUAAAAAAUACAGAACCAAAUAAGAGAUAAGGUCGGGUUAAUUAUUUGGCCUUGAUGUUGAACUAUGGGAAUUAUAUUUGGACUGAAACCCGUUCAGGUCUCAAAGCUCUGGGUUAAGCCUUCUCUAGGGACUUAAAGUAGCAGAUAUUUUAGCUGACCAGUCACUGAAAAUGUGCAUUGUCAUCGUCAUUUCAGGUCUUCAUUCGUUCCAAAGCGUCACAAGUGCCCGCACUUUUAGUUAGGUGCCAUUAUGUGCUUCAUUUAUUUACUUUGUCACUUAUUGGGGUCUUUAAUUCACAGAGGAGGGGAUGCUUUUUGUUUGGCUACUGUGUCUGUGCUUAGAUGACAUGGGUGUGUGUUUGGAUCAUGUGACUUUGUCUCAUUGCAGUUUAACAGCAAAACAUGACACUGUGCCAACCCAUGAGACCCACUAUUUUGCUAAUAGUGAACUUUUAAAAAGUGCCUCACUGGUAGGUUUAAAAAAAAAGAUUACAAACAAUAUGUGGUGCAACUGUUGUCAUCCUAAAUGCUGUCCUUUGCAUUUUCCCAACUUGCAUGUAUUUCCUCAACUAUCACCUGCAGACGGAUGACAAGCCUCUUUUUAUGACAAAUCAAUAGGGCCAAAACCAAGACUGGGUCGGUCAUCCUUCCUUUCACAUUCCCUCCUGCGAACAUACGUAGAUUUCUUGAUUGUGCUGAUCAAACUAACAUUGAGGUCACUUUUUAAAUAUAUUCCAUCUUCAUUUAGUGAUUUCAUUUCAUUCCAUAUCAGUUCAAUGUGGGAUCCAUGACAAGUAAUCAAUUGUGGGUACCCGAAUGUUCAACAAAAAAUUAUAAAUUUGUCUCCAUGAAAAAUUUGAUCUUUUAUGCAUUAUCACUGAGGGAAACCAAACAGUUGUCCCUGUUUCACACCCCUGUGUUCCUGGAGUAUUUUACCAGUGGAGUGUUUUGAACGCCCCAGAGAAUUAAAAUACAGCUCCAUUUCAAGAGCGUCGGACUUGAGGGAGACGACAGUCUGACUUCACUCUUUUUCUUUCCACCUUUUAUGUCCCCUGUCCAAUUCCACUCACAGCUGUCCACUUCCUUUUUCCUCUUUCACUUUGUCCUUGGACCAUUGGACAUUUUCCCCCAGUGGUGACUGCCCACUCCCUUUUGUACAUAAUGUAAGGUUAUUUAUAUUUCAUUCCUGUCUGCUGCCUUGCUUAUUAUAUUUUCUUCUCCCCCCUUCUUCUUUUUUUUUUUUUUUUUUUCAAAAAAGAUGUAUAUUGAACUGUAUCGGGACCAUUUUGAAAUGUAUUAGAGAUGUUUUGUUUUGGCCAUUUUUAAUUUGGUAUAAUUGUCUUAAGCAAAUCCUAUUUUUUAAUUUGCCAGUGUUUGUUUCUAGUGUUUUGUUAUUCAACAUUUGAAUAUAUGUAUAUAUAAUUAUAUAUAUGAUAAAAUUAUAUAUAAUUAUAUAAUGCCAAAUGGCCUUUCUAAGCAAGAUACUGUUCAAACCUAAUAAAGUGCUUGAGAUUUUA